AUGGUAUGUGUUGAGGAAAAGGUAUUAUGUAGCUUGGGCUGGAGUAAUUUAGACUUCCUUAAUGAAAGGCACUUGGGAACUAAUUCUCGGGAAUCUGAAACCCAGAUGAUGAUUUAUGAAUUUGGAAUAUUCACCACAAUGUAUGAGGGGGAGGAGAUGCCGAGUUGGUUUAGGCAUAGAAGCAUGGGGCCAUCAAUAUCAUUUACCAUCCCAUCAUCAUCAUCUCCAAACAAGCUCCUUACAGGACUUAACUUCUGCUUCUCUGCUGACACAUCGAUAUAUCCCGGUGAGCGUUUUCCAGUUUCAUUUGGUCAGUUCUCUUUGUCGCCAAUGAUGACAAUUAGUAAUAUAACAAAGAACCGCACGUGGAUAUACAAACGUUACUUCAACAAAUUUAAUGUAUGUGGAAAGUGUUGGGUGAUGUUAAGUCAUUGGAUGUUUGGAAUGAAUGAGAUGGAGGCUGGUGACCACAUUACUGUUACUGUUACUGUUACAAAGCCAGAUGACGAACUUGUAAAGCAAUGUGGGGUGAGUCUUGUAUAUCAGGAUGAUGGAGAGAAGGAAGAAGAUGUAUUGGGUUAUUACAAGUCAUGGAAUCACAUAAUUGGUGGGGAUCUCUCUCCUUUUCAAACAACAACCACCGGAGAAUACAUCCUACACAACGAACAAUUUUUUAUGUAUGGCAUUAGAUUGAAUCCCUAUCAUCGUAAAUUCAUUCGAGACUGUCCCAACUUUCAAGAAAAAAAGCAACCAUGGUUUAGAGCUUUAUCCGGAAGGAAACCGUAAAUUAUUGGUCACACACAUGAGGGCAAGGGGGGAUCUUCAAGGUCUCGUCCUUUCAUAUGAAUGUGUUUGAGAAAGAGAGGCUAAAUCAAUGAGUUAUACCCUAAUUUUCCAG